GCAUGCUGGGAAUGUCACGAGGGCCGUCUCCUCUCCCGGAGGGCUCAGUCCUAGUUCCUGGACCUUUCUUCCUUGAGGGGGCUGGGGUUUGGGGACGGAGCCGGUGCUCAGGCGCGGCCGGGGCUCCCUGCUCUGGCAGAGGAGACUUUCUGCUCUCUACAUCCUGGGGAGAGAGAAGACGCGGGUGGCCGAGUUGCGGGUAACUGAGCCCGGGAUUGUGGGGGAAGGAGGCGGUGGGGAGAGACGCGGAGCUUCCCCACCUGGGCACCGGAGAGGUGUACAAAGAGGAAGUCUGCCCACCUUGGGGCUCCCACCCCCUGAAGGAGCACAGUCUGUCUGGAGCAGAGACCCCAGAGCCAGAGGGAAUGGCCCCCGGGACCCUGAGGUUCCCUUCCCAGGGGUCAAUAACAUUGAGGGAUGUGGUUGUGGACUUCACCCAGGAGGAGUGGCGCCUGUUGGAUCAUUCUCAGAAAGAGCUGUACAAAGAGGUCAUGCUGGAGAAUGUGCAGAAUCUACAAUCUGUGGGGGUUAGAGUUCCCAGAGAAAAAUUUGGCACCUGUUUUCAGCAAGGGCAAUCACCAUCACUGCUAGAACAAAAAGACCAAUGGGGCUGCUGUCCAGAGGCAGAGACUAAUUUUGACGUGAAGGAGAGAUGUAUCAACGUGAGUUUUUUUGUAGAAGCAUCUGGCCCCCAAAAGUGCAUCAAUGACGUUCCUUGUGACUUUAUUGUGAGUGAAAUCCGUGACUCUGAUAAUAAGGUAAAUAAAAUUCCAAUGAGUGACUAUGAAUUUGAUGAAACUGCAGAGAAAUUCAGCCAAUAUUCAGUCCUUAAUCAGCAUACGAAGUUGAACUUGGGAAAUGACUCUUCUCAGGAUAAUGAAUACAGCACAUGUUUUCCUGAAGAAGUAGGAUUUAUUCAGUUGCCAGAGAAACCUCCUGAAAUGCUCAUGUAUCAAGGUAACCUGGGUGAAAUGGCCUUUGACUGGAGUUUAGACCUCAUUAGCCAUCCUAAAAGUAAAUGUAUAGAGAUGUUUACUGUGAAUAAUAAAGUUGGGAGACCUUUCAGUCAAAUCUCUGAGCUUGGUUCUCAUCAAAUAUGCCACUCUGGAGAGAAGAAACCUUAUGAAUGUAAUCAGUGUGGAAAGGCUUUUACAGUUAGUGCCAACCUUUCUAGACAUCAGAGAAUCCACACUGGAGAGAAACCUUAUGAAUGUAAACAAUGUGGAAAGACUUUCACUCGGAAGUGCCAUCUUGCCAGACAUUUCAGAAUCCACACUGGAGAGAAACCUUAUGAAUGCAAUCAGUGUGGAAAAGCUUUCCCACGGAGGAGUCGUCUUGCUGCACAUCAGAGAAUCCACACUGGAGAGAAACCUUAUGAAUGUACACAGUGUGGAAAGACUUUCACACAAAGAAACUAUCUUGCUUCACAUCAGACAAUACACACUGGAGAGAAACCUUAUGGAUGUACACAGUGUGGAAAGACUUUCACAGAGAGGGCCUCUCUUCGUCUACAUCUGAGAAUCCACACUGGAGAGAAGCCUUAUGAAUGUACACAAUGUGGAAAGGCUUUCACUCGGAGGCACCAACUGCUUUCACAUCAGACAAUUCACACUGGAAAGAAACCUUAUGAAUGUAAACAAUGUGGAAAGGCUUUCACACAGAAGGGUUCUCUUAUUGUACAUCUAAGAACCCACACUGGAGAGAAACCUUUUGAAUGUAAACAAUGUGGAAAGGCUUUUACAGAGAAGGGUUCUCUUGGUGCACAUCAUAGAAUCCACACUGGAGAGAAACCUUUUGAAUGUACACAGUGUGGAAAGACUUUUAGAAAUAGAUCUGAUCUUCGUAAACAUCAGAGAGUUCACACUAGCAAGAAACCUUAUGAAUGUAUAUAAUGUGGAAAGACUCUCUUACUGAAUAUCUGAGAGUCCACACUGUGAGAAAUUUUAUGAAUGUAAACAGUGAGGGAAGGCUUUCACACUGCGGAAAUGUCUUUCUGUACAUUAGAGAACCCACACUGGAAAGAAACCUUAGGAAUAUAGGCAAUGUGGAAAGGCUUUCACAUUGAAGAGUCAUCUUGCUAGGUAUCAGAGCAUCCACAUUGCAGAAAAUAUUUAUGCAUGACAUCAAUUCAAUUAGACAGGAAAACAUGAAGUUCCAUAGUUGUUUCAUUUCAGAAAAUCCUCACUGUAGCAAAAUGUCAUGUGUGAUACUGAUCUUAUAAUUGCCACUUUAAUUUAUUUAACAUGAAAUAAUCCACACUACAGAGAAACUGUAGGAAUAUGAUCAAUAUAGUAAGGCCUUCAGGCAACAAUCACGUUAUUCCCAACUGAGAAUUCUUUUUGGAUUGAAAUCUUAUUCCUCUGCUAAAUGAAGAAAGACAUUGAAAUGGAGAGUCCAGAGAUUGAUCAAUAUGAGGUAAUGUCUUCUGAACAGAGCAGUUCUAGAUAGAUUCCCUAUAGGAAGGUUUUCAGCCAGAAAUCAUCUCUUACUUUUUAUCAGAGGAUUCAUAGUGCAGAAAAACCUGAUGAAUCUUCUGAACUUGUAUAUGUGUUCCUCAGGAGGAGGGUGAUCACUAUUAUUUAGAAAACUAGAAAAGGCCUUUUGCUAGAGCCCAGCCUUUAUAUAUGGUCCCAAAUAGGAGCCCUCAUUAAAUACCCCAAAUUUCAUACUGUGGAAAAAAAAAUGUUACAAUGAUAAAGACUUUUCCUCUGAGAUCCUAAUGCUUGUCAUUCUUCUUCACUAUUUGUCAGUAUUCGUGUAUUACAAUUUUUUUAACCACUCUA